UGUCGGAACAGCACCUCUCAUCGUCGAAAGAUGAGCAAUGGUGUCUAUAGGAUAGUAUACCGAUUGGCAAAUGCCAGUCGACCCGCGCGGCUGGCUGUGCCAAACGGCCGGCGGUGUCUAUCUACGUUGAACUCGACCUCACAGCGGGAAUGGUCGACUCCCCUGGCAAAGCGAAUCACGGAUGCAAUCAAUACUACGGGUCCGAUUUCGAUCGCGGCGUUUAUGCGUCAGUGCCUUACUUCCGAUGAAGGCGGUUACUAUACAUCCCGUGGAACACCUGGGAGUGAUGUCUUCGGCAAGGAGGGUGACUUUGUUACGUCGCCGGAGAUAUCUCAAAUGUUUGGCGAGUUGCUAGGAAUAUGGAUAGUGACGGAAUGGCUGUCGCAGGGACGACGCAGUAGUGGAGUGCAGUUGAUGGAGUUUGGGCCUGGAAAGGGAACAUUGAUGGCAGAUGUCUUGCGAUCUGUCCGGAAUUUUAAAGCAUUCGCUUCGAGUAUUGAGGGUGUAUACAUGGUAGAAGCUAGUCCGACGCUGCGAGAAAUCCAAAAGAAGGCACUCUGUGGAGAUGCACCGAUGGAAGAAUGCGAAAUUGGUUACAAAAGCGUUAGUACGCAUCUCGGGGUACCAGUUUACUGGACGGAACAUAUACGCAUACUACCAGAGAGUGAGGACAAGGCGCCAUUUAUCAUUGCACACGAGUUCUUCGAUGCUCUUCCAAUCCACGCAUUCCAAGCCGUUCACUCCCCUCCUCCAGAGACGAUUAACACACCAACCGGACCGACCACACUUCGACAGCCUUCUCUACCACUAAACGGAACACAAUGGAGAGAGUUGGUGGUCGCUACAAAUCCUGAGGCAGCACGCGAGCCUGACGACAUCGAUAGCAGCGACAAGAACGACAAGAAACGUGAGUUCCGACUUGCACUCGCGAAAUCACAUACUCCGGCCUCCCUCGUCAUGCCAGAGAUGUCACCUCGCUACAAGGCUCUCAAAUCAACCCGCGGAUCAACCAUUGAAAUCAGCCCGGAAAGUCAUACCUAUGCCCAAGAAAUCGCCCGUCUGAUCGGAGGGCCUAAUCCAACUGAUAAGAACCCUUCGCCCGCCCGCACCCCAGCCGGCGCAGCGCUCAUACUUGACUAUGGCCCCUCGUCUACCAUACCCGUCAACUCGCUGCGUGGAAUCAAGAACCACCAGGUUGUAUCACCGUUCGCAACCCCCGGAGAAGUCGAUCUUAGCGCCGAUGUAGAUUUCACUGGCCUUGCCGAGUCAGCUCUAAAUGCUAGCCCUGGUGUCGAGGUAUACGGUCCGAAUGAGCAGGGAAGCUUUCUACGUUCAUUGGGCAUUGCGGAAAGAGCAGCUCAGCUACUUCGCAAUGUGAAAGAUGAAGAGAAGCGUAAACAGAUAGAGAGUUCCUGGCAGCGUCUUGUUGAGCGUGGAGGCGGAGGGAUGGGAAAGAUCUACAAGGCCAUGGCUAUUGUUCCUGAGAGCGGAGGCAAAAGACGGCCUGUAGGCUUUGGUGGUGAAGUUCGGAUGUAAUUCCACCAAGUAAAUACUUCUAUAUGUAUAUAUAACUAGAAUUUUUG